AUGGCCUAGUGAAGAUGCGUUGCAGUCAGGCUGCUGGAGUCUAAGUCCUGCCUCCCACUAUUUUUUCAGAUUGCCUUACCUCUGAAAUUAUGUGAUGCAGGAGACACAAGUCCUAAGACUUAUGUGUAGUAACAGUUGACCAUGAGCCUGACGAUAGAAGGGUCUCCAAGAAAUACUGACUACUCCCAUUCCCAGAAUGCCAGCCAAGUUCACCAGCCUGGUGACACUCAGCCACUGCCUCCACAGUUAGGUCCCCAGACCAGCUGCUCUGGUCUCAGUGGUGCUAAUCAAGAUCCCCAGGCUGGCUAUCUUGACUCCCAGGGUGCUUCUCAGAGUCCCCAGACUGACUCCUUGAUCCCAGAAGCUGGCUUUCCUGGUGCUAUCCAAGACAGGCUUCCUAUCCAAAGUCAGCCAAAAUAUAAUUGUCCAAAUCCACUUGGAGCAGUACCACGGAUGCCAAAUCCACUAUGUCCAUGGGAUGGCCCACCUGGGCUGGAAUGGUUAGAUCAGGUAGAUCUGAUUCUAGUUCACCAGCAAGUUGAAAUUCUGGAAGUCUUAACGACCUUUGAAUGUAAUAGCAAAUAUGAAAUUAAGAACAGUCUUGGACAGAGAAUUUACUUGGUAGUGGAAGAUACCCACUGGGCAAUCCGAUAUUUUUGUGGAAAAUACAGGCCUUUCACCUUGAAGAUUUGUGAUAAUUUGGGCCGAGAAGUCGCGACUGUGGAGAGGUCACUAACAUGCAAAGGCUGCUCUUGCCCAUGUUGCUCUCAUGAGACAGAAAUCCAAGCUCCUCCUGGUGUUCCAAUUGGUUAUGUGAAGAAGAUGUGCUUGCCCUGGCAGGACAAAUUUAUUGUUCAAAAUGAGAAGAGAGAGGAUGUACUAGAAAUUAUGGGCUUUUGUGUUUUGUGCAGAUAUUGUACAGAUAUUGAUUUUGAGGUUAAAUCGCUUAAUGAAGAAUCUGUAGUUGGGAAGAUUUCCAAGCACUGGACUGGCUUUGUUCAAGAAUUCUUCACAAACGCUGAUAACUUUACUGUCAAGUUUCGUGUAGGCCUUGAUGUGAAGUUGAAGGUUGUGAUGCUUGGAGCAUGUUUGCUCAUUGACUUCGUAUAUUUUGAAAAGAAGCGUAAAUCUUUCUUUAAGUUGAUAUAAACUGCAACUGAUCCACAGUUUCUUCUUUACUUCAACUCUGCAAGGAAGAUUUGUGCAGAAACCUGCCCAAUAUCAUCAAAGCCCACGCAAAUUCCAGGACAAGGCAAACAUCUUCUAGUUCAGUGUUCACAUUGGUGAAAAUUA